AAGCUAUCUCAUACUAUUGCCACUUCUACUCUUCUUCUCUGUCAAUUUUCAUCUACAGAUUUUCUUUUCUCCACCCAAGUUGAAGUCUUUUAGCUUCUUGAGUGUUCUGUGUGCCUAUUCUUUGGUUUCUUCUGAUGUGUAUGGGGUAGCUUGAGUUAGGAUGGCUUUCUUCAUUCCAAUGAAUGUAUGUCCAUCUGCCAUUUCCUGCUCUAGUCAGAAGAUUCAAGGCUCUGAUGAAUACAAACUACAAUCAUGGAGUUCUGGUAUCUUAUCAUCUAAAGGAGAAGCAACUCGUCGCCAGCUUCUUGCAGUAGGUUUUGCCAGUCCUUUGGUUUCGCUUUUAACAUACAACUGCAGCUUAACGGUGCUACCAGCUUGGGCAGAGGAUCAAGAGAUUCAAGACAAGGAUGAAAGUGUGGUUGGGGCUAUUAAGUCCUUGUUUGAUCCAAACGAGACAACAAAGUCAGGAAAAGUCUUACCAAAGGCUUACUUGAACUCUGUAAGAGAGGUGGUGAAGACAUUGCGCGAAUCAUUAAAGGAAGACCCAAACGACAUGUCUAAGUUCAGACGAACAGCUGAUGCAGCAAAGGAAUCCAUCAGGGGAUACUUGGGUGGAUGGAGAGGACAAAAGUUAGUAGUCAAUGAGGAGUCAUAUGUUAUGCUAGAGAAAGCUAUUAGAUCUUUGGCCAGUUUUUAUUCAAAGGCAGGCCCAUCUGCUGCACUUCCAGAAGAGUUAAAGUCAGAGAUCUUAGAUGAUCUAAACAAAGCAGAAGAAGGAUUGUAACAUGGGGUGGAAAGUCACAGGCACACGGUGUAAUAGUCAAGGUGUAUACAAGUUGGCUCGGACACAACCAUUAUAUAAAAGAGAACAAAAGAAUUGUAUCAUGGUUCUUGAUAUACAUAACAAAAGAGGCCAAUGUAAUAUAUUACCUUCUGUUGCAGUAUGCUCCAUAAGAUCUACUCUUCUUGAUAAACUUACAUUUUAUCAAACUAUUUUUAGUUGCA